CCUCUCUGCUCCUCCCAGCAGCCAAGAGAGAUGGUCAGCGAUGCCACCCCAGGGCACGGGGUGGUGGGGUGAGCUGUGGGUGUGCUGGUGCAGCUGAAGGAAAAGGGCUGAGGUGAGGGUGAGUGGCUGUCACCCCCUCCUGAAGCCCAGCUGCAGCAGAGCGAGCAGCCCCGGGGAGCUGAGUCCCUGAGCCCCCCGUGUCAUUUACAUACACCCCGCCAGUGGCCACGGCACAGCAGCCGGGCUUUGUGCAGCACCCCAGAGCUGCUCUGAAACAGCCUCCCUUCCUCUGCCUCCUGCCAUGGCCCUGGGAUUCACAGUCCUGCUCCUGCUGGGGACGCUGGGCACAGCUGGCAGGGCGCAGCCCGUGCUGAGCCAGCCGCACUCCGUGUUCGUGCAGCCCGGGCAGAGCGCUCGGCUCUUCUGCACCCUGAGCCCGCAGUACAACAUCAGCCACUUCGGCAUCUCCUGGUACCAGCAGCGCCCAGGGCACUCCCUCAGGUAUCUGCUCUAUUACAACUCCGAGCGAGACAAGCACAAGCCUGCCAAGACUCCCGAGCGCUUCUCGGCCACCAAAGACCUCGCCAGCAACGCCUGCAUCCUCACCAUCGCAGCCGCCUGCCAGGACGACAACGGCACCUACUACUGCGCCCUGUCCCCUGCCCUCAGGUGGCUCUAGAGAGGCUCCUGAAGCUUUCUGUGCUUUCCCUGGACACCCUCUCUCAGCAGGGAGAGCAGCAGCCCUGGGAGGGAUGGGAAAAAUCCAUCUUUGCAUGCUUGAGCAGGCCCGGCAGCGCUGCCUCGUGCUGGGCAGUGCAGCAACCUCCUCUUUGUCCCCAAGUGUCCCUCAUGGGGCAUCAGAGAGCCGGGCACGGGCACAGAGCGGCCAGGGCCGCCUGCUGCAGCGCGGGCAUGAGGGCUCAGCCGCCGCCUGGCUGUCCUGGGCUCUUCCAGCACCUGGCAUGAGGCAGCCUCGACCCGGCUGGGGCUUCCGCAGAGUUUAAAUAAAGGUGAUAAAGGUAAUAAAGGCUGAUCCUCACCCCGCGGCUCGUGUGGUGUCCCCGGGCCAGGAGGGCGGGCAGGAGCGGCUGCGGGCCGGGAGGGGUCCCUGGGCCGGGGGGAGCCCUCACCCACCCCUGGAGCAGCCCCUGCUCCCACAGCACAGCUCCUGAGGGGACAGGGACACGCGUGCCCCCGCGGGGACUCUGUGGGGACGUUUGCUCAGAGAACAUGAAAGGUUUUCCCACAGAAUUGGGGAAAAUGCCGGGAAGGCCGCACUGAGCAUGCUCAGCUCGGCGCGCGCACGGCGGCGGCAUUUAGGCCACAAAGGCAGGCCCUGCUUGUCACGUGAGGAGCGGCCGGCGCUACCAUUGGCUCGGGGAAAGACAAAACCAGGCGCG